UCUGCAUCUAGAUCGUCCUCCCCUGCGUCGCGCGGUACGCCCUCAGCAUCCGCUGGUCCCCGUGUGAAACCCCUGCUCUCGACUCCACAGAAGCGGCUCAACCAUAUCAUGUCCGAGCAGAAGCGUCGCAAUGCCAUCCGCGACGGCUACCUGCAGCUUACAACGCUGCUUGCCCCUGCGGGCGCGCCCCCGGGGACCGGAAUGCCCACCCGAGGGCGGCCAAAGGGCAGCGGUAGCCGAGGAAGGGGCACGAAGGGAAAGAGCGGGAUACUCUUCCGUGCGAGAGGUUAUAUCCAGUGGCUGGAGGAGGGCAGAGACGCUCUCAGAGAAGAGGUGACGAGACUUGAGGCGGCUGCAGGUAUCCGGUAG